AUGCCUAAGAAGGAUAAGAAGCAUGCCAAAAACCAUAGCGGCAUCGCUGCGGCGGUGACAGAGCAGACUGCUGGCAAGUUCGCCUUGUCCAACGGAAACCAGAGCUACGGAAGUAGUGACAACUCUUCAACCAACCCGAGCCUGCCCACUUCCACCGAGUCGACCCCUCCCAUUCACACCCCUGACGUGUUGAGGCCGACUUCCGUCACUGACAAUGCGAUACAAUCACCGUCGCCUUUGCUGGAUGCCAUAUCCAACGCUUCGAUAUCUGCAAGCACUGUCCCAAGCAUGAAUAAUGACUGGGCCAGGGCCGGGGGUAUGGCUGGUUCCCCAGGCAAUCUCAUCUCCAUCAUGGGCGACUCGCCCCCGACACAACCUUCUUCGUAUGAGGACUCGUCUCUUCGCGCUCCCAGUGGCUGGCCUGCUCAGCGAGCACUUGCGACCCCAUCCCCUGCGUCUUUGUCUCCCCCAAACAACAUACGACGCCCGUUGAGUUUCCAGCUCGAGGCCCAUUACCAGCAUCCUGAGCCGCUGCCUCAAAUGUCGUCAGCUGCCCAUAGGAGGAGCUCUCUGCACUCUCAGCUCUCGCAUGCCCGCAACAGCUCGCAUCCUCCACUCCCACAUCAGCCGCAACAGCACUAUUACGGAGCUCCGGAUCUUGACUUGACACUUAGACCACGGUCUGGCAUCACUCCUGGAGACCGGGGCUAUUUCUUUGGGUUUGAUAGCCUCCCUGUCAUUGGUGGCGUGCAGGGUGCGGCUGACAACGUCGUAAUUGCGGGCUUUGAAGGUGGCCUGGACGUCUAUGCGGUCUCGAAGAAGGGCAUCGAGCCUGUUGCCGGGCUUAAGGGGCUUCGGGGCGGCGUCGUACAUGCCAAGAUUCUACCAUGGACCGUCACCGGCGAGCAAAGGGGCAUCUUCCCCCUCAUCGCAGUAGUUCUUCACGGCCCGGUACUUCCUUCGGGUUCGUCCGAAGCUGCUCCCGACCUGAGCAACAAUCCAAGCCCGCGACUGGAUGGCGCUGCCAGUCCUCGCUCUGCAUUUGGCCCGCCCGAGGGUCUUCUAGGCCAGCAAUCGUCGGCAUCCAUCAAGGCGUACCAAACUUCCGUCCAUAUAUAUUCCUUGAAAACGAACAAGUUGGUGGACACUUUGCUGCAAUCGCCACAGAUACCCAUCAGCACAGCCGUUUCCCUGACAAGUCCCAUCUUCCAACCUCCCCCUCCCAGCGGCUCCUUGACAAUCAAAGCUGAUGCAGGGACGGUCAUUGUUUGCUCGGGCGUGACUGGUGAGUGUUGGGUGUACUUGCAGCUCCUCGAGCCCCAGAACGAGUCGGUAUUUGCAUGCGUUGGGAAACUCUGGACAUGUACCCAGCAAAGGCGUCGGACCGAGGUUCCAGAGGGCUCUGAUAAGGCACACGCCUUUGGCCUUCCCUCACGAUCUGCCGACCCAACGUCCAUCAUAGCGCUCAACGGUCGCUGGAUCGCCUAUUGCCCUGCGGCGCCAUCUUCACAACUAUCGCUCAAGGCCCACGUUCCGGUUCCUCUGCUUGGACGAUCAAACACCGCUUUGAGUCUCACACCACCCCAGCUGCCCCUUGCAACGGCCUCCGUGGAUCUGAUUUCGGAUAGUAUUAUGAACAAGAUCAUGCGGGAGACAACGCAAGAGCUCAUCUCUGGUGCCAAAUGGGUUGGCCAGCAAGGACUACAGGCGUGGAAUGCCUAUUGGAACAAAUCCUCCAGCCCACAGCCGCAGUCGCAGGCAGUACGACCGCCGCCAGCAGCUCAGUUCCCGCCAACCCAUGGUACUCCGGGACAGUCUGCGCCUAAGGAGCCAGGAAUUGUGUCCAUCGUGGAUGCCGAGUCUCUAGCCGUAUCGUCGACAGUACACCCAAUAACGAGCUUUGUGCCGCCGCAGGGGUGCAGCUUCUUGUCCUUUGCCCCGACCUCCCUCGCGCUGUUCACAGCCAGCAGUAAAGGCGACGUACAGAAUGUGUGGGAUCUUCUCCGCAUCCAAUACACCAAAUCAUCGCCGAUCCAGGCUAGCGUUUCACCUGGCGAGAGCGCUGGACCUCAAGUUCGCCAGAUCGCACACUUCUCUCGAAUGACCGUUGCGCGGGUAGUGGAUGUUGUUUGGGCUGAGCCUCACGGAGAGUCCCUCGCUGUGCUCACGGAAAGGGGGACGGUGCAUUUGCUUGAGAUGCCUUUCAGCGCUUCCAUGUGGCCGCCUCCAAGGCGACGCAAGGCUGUCCCGGAAGCCAAUCCAGAGACGGCUGAAACGUCGUCGAAUUCUGCGGUAUCAAUCGCUGCAGGUGCUUUUGGCGCUGCUUACCAGGCUGCUCGCCCAUUUGUUGCGAGGUCGAGACGAAAGAGUGCGAGUCCUUCAACAGGAAAUGCAAAUACAUUCAAGGAUUCUGCAGCGCAUGGUGGAAGAGUCAUUGCGGCCAGCAUUAGUAGUUCGCUGGGUAAAACUGGAACUGCCAUAAGUCAACUCCGCAACACAGCUGAGAAUCGCGUGUCGCUGCCGUCGAGUCCUUCACCACCAGGGCCAUCAUCUGUUAGAUGGGUUAGGGGACGAAAGUCGCACAGCCUUUAUAUCCUAGGUGGCGGUGUUAUUCGCAUCUUCCCCAACAAGGUGCCACGUUCGUCGAGCCAGCCAACCCGACGAGCAUCCCGCUAUAAAGAUAUUAAUCUACCAUCGCUACCCGACGAUAUGAUCGCCCCGGCUAUCCGGCAGAUCUUGGACCUAGGCAUGCCUGAUGAUGUUUUCAACUUGUCAGAUAGGGACCUGGAGGCUGAAAACACCGUGACCCUCCCUCGUCCUCGCAUGAGAGCUGACGACCAGAGCUUUGAGGCAGCCAUUCCCCAAGCAGAGAUCGAAUCCAGCGCGCCUUAUCAGCCGUUCCAUACAGAUAGGCGUGUUGCUCUCUGCGAGUACACUCGCCAAGGUGACUCGGGUGGCAUGGACUCAUUAGUGGCCGACCUUGAAAACGUCGAGAUAACAGAGAAUUCUCCCCCAAAAAAGAAAAAGGGGAAGCAACAAUCUGCACCCCCCAACAAUCAAACCAAGAAGGCAGGCAUUGUGUCUGCAUGGGCCUUUGGACAGGAUAUUCCAGUCGUGAAGCUUGACUUGGGAAUCCUGCCAAUAACAGGUGACGAUGGAUUCGAAGGGCUGGACGACCAAGCUCUCCCUCCAUCGGCGAUGGAGCGUGUUAUGGAGUAUGGAGAUCAGGAGCAAAUUGUAGUCACGACGAGGAAGCGACGAACUGCUCGGCAAGGAGAUGCAGAGGGUGACGGCUUCUUUGAAGAUGAUUGCGAGGUUCUCGAUUUUGCUGACCAGAGAGUCUAA